GCGGCGGUCAAUUUUCCCAAAAAUCGACCGAAAUGUCCAAUAAAAUUGUGCCCACGAUCUACCGUGCCGUCAUCGACGAUGUGAUCGCGGCGAUAAAGCCUGAAUUUGACGAGUACGGCGUUGGCGAGGAAGUGCUCGCUGAGCUGCAAAGCAAAUGGGAGACGAAAGUCAUCCAGUCUGGUGUCGCCGACUUUGACCCCGCGCACGCGAUGCAGGCCCCCGCGGCGCACUACCCGCCGCACGCCAUGCACAUGCAGCCCCAGCAGCACUACAACGGAUAUGUGGCACCACCUCCGCCUACCGCUGGUCCGCAGAUCAAGGCGGAGCCGGUGGACAACCGUUACAUCCUGCAGCAACCUCCAGGCAUGCCUCACUACACCCUCCCGGCGCUCCCGGGCCCGCAAAUCACUGUGCCGCAGACGCCCCGACAACCAGCACCGGUGGCGAGUUCGCAGAGCGUACUCUCGUUCCCAGCGGGGCCGGCGAACGGCCAGAGCCCACCCGCUCCAGGCGCGCACCCGUACGCCGCAGCACAGCCGUCCCCACCAUCACAACCGCGCAUACCACAAACCGAUGGACCUUCUUCCUCUUCUGGCUCUGGUUCUGCAUCGCCGCCGUCUUAUGCGCCUCGAUCAGCGCAUCCCUCGCUACCGCAGCCCUCACAGUCUCAGUCGACGGAGGAAAAUGAUCCGGAGGCUAUCAAUAGUGAUCUGGACGACUCAGACACCGAGAACGAAGACGACAAUGAGGAGGGCGGGCAGGCCGUUGGCGACAUCGUGUUCUGCACGUAUGACAAGGUGGCGCGCGUGAAGAACAAAUGGAAGUGUGUUCUCAAGGAUGGAAUGAUCCAUGUCAACAACAAAGACUAUCUAUUCGCCAAGUGCACUGGGGAAUUCGAGUGGUAAAACCUCUGAUUCGUCUCCCGUCUGGAGGAGGCGGCUUAACGGACUGAAUCAGCACGGAUUGCUGGUUGUCUUGCGUUCCACGGACCAUACAUGAAAAAAUACUUUUUAUCAUCUCCCUUGUGGCUCAUUUGUGGCUCAUCUCCCUUGUGGCUCAUCUCCCUUGAGGCUCGUCACUAUCUAUUAUGCACGCCAAGAAAUUUCUCCUCGUGGAUUCCACUCGCCAGCUAUCUCCUUUCUUACAGCAGUUCACAACAACCAUGAUAUUCAACUUGUAGAUAUAUCGCAUAGCCUCGUAUAGCCGUCAAUCAAAUCACAUAUCGUAUA